AUGACUUCCGUAAAUCACUGAAAGAUUUCCUGGAGAUCUGAUACAUCUACGCUAGUGCUAGCUUGAUGCUAAUUUAGCAUUUGUAUUGUAUUUACAAGUGUAGCCUGUGUUCUCACCAUUGCCAUGAAAUAACUAAGACCGAACUGUCCAUCUCCAUUCCGUCUAAAGUCUCGUGGGUGGUUGGAGAGAGAGCUGUCAGGCAUGUAUGCCUCUGGGAAAUACAGCUCGCGGGGCCCUGCCCUUAUCCCGCGGAUGAAAACCAAGCACCGCAUAUACUACAUCACCCUCUUCUCCGUGGUGCUGCUUGGACUAAUUGCCACUGGGAUGUUUCAGUUCUGGCCCCACUCCAUUGAGUCUGCGGCAGACUGGACCUUGGAUAAACGCAGUGUUCACGAUGCACCUCUCGUCCGUCUUCCUGCAUCAAGUCCCAUUCCUGAGAGGGGUGACCUCAGCUGUCGCAUGCACACCUGUUUUGAUGUAUACAGAUGUGGCUACAAUCCUAAAAACAGAAUCAAGGUCUACAUCUACCCUCUGCAGAAGUUCGUGGAUGAAUUAGGGGUUCCCAUCAGCAGCACUGGACUGUCCCGAGAAUACAACGACCUGCUCAGUGCCAUCUCAGACAGUGACUUUUACACUGAUGAUGUCACCAGGGCAUGUCUUUUUGUCCCAUCUAUUGAUGUGUUGAAUCAGAACUCUCUGCGUAUCAGAGAGACUGCCCAGGCUCUGGCAAUGCUGCCCAGAUGGGACAAAGGAAUGAAUCACCUACUUUUCAACAUGUUACCUGGAGGCCCUCCAGACUACAAUACUGCCUUAGAUGUGCCCAGAGACAGAGCACUGCUGGCUGGAGGUGGUUUUUCUACGUGGACUUACAGACAAGGUUAUGAUGUCAGUAUCCCAGUGUACAGCCCCCUCUCUGCUGAUGUUGAGUUGCCUGAGAGACAGCCUGGACCACGGCGCUACUUCAUUCUGUCUUCGCAAACUGCUAUCCACCGAGAGUACCGUGCUGAACUGGAGCGCUUGAAGGAAGAAAAUGGAGAGGCAUUACUCCUCCUGGACAAGUGUAGCAACCUGUCUCAGGGUGCAGCUUCUGCGCGAAAACGUUGCUAUAAGGGGCAGGUGUAUGACUACCCCCAGAUCCUGCAGGAGUCUUCAUUCUGUGUGGUUUUGCGGGGAGCACGUUUGGGUCAGGCUGCCCUCAGCGAUGUCCUGCAGGCUGGCUGUGUCCCAGUCAUCCUCGCUGACUCCUAUAUUCUGCCAUUUUCUGAAGUACUUGACUGGAAAAGGGCAUCUGUGGUUAUUCCAGAGGAAAAACUAUCAGAGAUGUACACCAUCCUGAAGAGUAUUCCUCAUAGACAGGUUGAAGAGAUGCAGAGACAGGCACGCUGGUUCUGGGAGGCCUACUUCAGCUCCAUGAAGACUAUUGGAUUGACAACGCUCCAGAUCAUCAAUGACCGCAUCUACCCAUAUGCUGCACGUACUUACGAGCAGUGGAACAAUCCACCUGUGGUGAAGUGGUCCAGUGUGAACAGUCCUCUGUUCUUGCCACUUAUCCCACCAAGGGCACCUGGGUUCACGGCUGUGGUGCUGACCUAUGAUCGCGUUGAGAGUCUUUUCCGGGUCAUCACAGAAAUCUCCAAGGUGCCAAGCUUGGCUAAGCUGCUGGUGGUGUGGAAUAACCAAAAUAAGAGUCCCCCUGAGGAGUCUCUUUGGCCGAAGAUCGGCGUUCCUCUCAAAGUCGUGCGAACCAAGGAAAACAAGCUGAGUAACCGCUUCUUCCCCUACGAUGAGAUCGAGACAGAAGCCGUCCUCGCCAUUGAUGAUGACAUCAUUAUGCUGACAUCUGAUGAAUUGCAGUUUGGCUACGAGGUAUGGAGGGAGUUCCCAGACAGGCUGGUGGGAUACCCAGGCCGGCUGCACCUCUGGGACCACGAAAUGGGAAAGUGGAAGUAUGAGUCGGAGUGGACCAACGAGGUCUCCAUGGUUCUAACAGGAGCCGCCUUCUACCACAAGUACUUCAACUAUUUGUACACAUAUAAGAUGCCAGGAGACAUCAAGAACUGGGUGGACGCUCACAUGAACUGUGAAGACAUUGCCAUGAACUUCCUGGUGGCAAACAUCACUGGAAAAGCCCCCAUAAAGGUGACCCCCAGGAAAAAGUUCAAGUGCCCUGAGUGUACUGCCAUUGAUGGACUGUCCCUGGAUCAGACACACAUGGUGGAGAGAUCUGAGUGCAUCAACAAGUUUGCAUCAGUUUUUGGUACAAUGCCUCUGAAGGUGGUGGAACACCGUGCAGAUCCGGUACUCUAUAAAGACGACUUCCCAGAGAAGCUCAAGAGCUUCCCAAACAUCGGCAGCCUCUGACCAGCUUGUAAAAGUGGUUUGGACGUCGUCACAGCUUCAGCGCUUCAAGAUUUGCCGUCAACAUGAUCUUUUAUAUCAAGGAUGUCAUGAUUCAGGCUAUAGUGGUACAUGCCCCUUGUCACCUCCUCAGUUCAAGUGAGUUUUACUUUGAUUUUUAAAAUGAAUUGAAAGUGUAAAAUUGUACAGGACACUAAGUUAAUGUCAUGAAUGAAGGAGGACAUUGAAAUUUAGGAGUGGUGAUGAGUAUGAUGAGAGUGAUUGUUUAUUCUGGCUCAGAGUAAAAGAUAGUUGCUAGAAAGGUUUAUCAGUAGUUAAUAAUUCAUACCCAGGCUAAUGUUACAUGAACUGCUGAUGGACUGACUGACUCACUGGAAGCUUGUGGUCCCUCACUGUUACUGUUUUAGAGCUGGAAACUUGGGCUCUGGCUGCUCUGGAAUCAGCGUAUACAGUGUAUAUUUGUAUUUUGCAGCAGUGCUGUAUAAUAGUCAUAAUUUAUGAUGCUUCAACUAAGAUUUUUUUUUUCUUCUCCUCAAAAGCUGACAUGGACAUAAUUGUUUUAGCUGUACUGUAUGAAAACGAUGUGAGGGCAUCAUCUUAUGGUGAACUGAAUGUGGUAACACACAGCGUGGUGGCUAACGGAUGAUGUACAGUAAAUGUUUCACAUAGUCUGUUUUACACAAUCAGAUUGGACCAAACUGGUGCCAUAAAUCAAAGAUUUAGAGGGAGUGACUGCUUAUUUUAAAGAGCUACUGGAACAUCUUGAAUUUUAAUUUUAUACUGCCUUUCAUUGUAUUAAUAUAUAAAAAAAAGCAGUGGUGCUAACUGAAGCAUCCACUGAGUCAUUUCAGGAUUUAUGUGUAUGAGCAGAGCAUAAUCAUUGGAGUUAUUUUUUGUUUUCCAUGCAUUUGAAAAAGGACUGUAUAUUGAAUAGUGGACAAUUCCGCAUUUCAACCAGAUGUGUAUUAACUGUUGAUGCAAUGCUUUGUUUUUAAUUUUUUCCUUGAUUAUACCUGUUGUGUGUUAAUAUUUUUUCCCUCUUCAUCACUGCUUGUCUGAUGGCCAUUGUUUAGGCUUUAACAUUGAGCACACUGCAGUCUUUAAUUGCCUUGUGAUGGUUUUAUUUGCCCAUGUUGGUUUGUAAGGUCAGUGAAAUUCUUUUACUUUUUUUUUUUUUUUUUUGGCUGAGUAUGUAACUAAGGAUAUAUAUGACUUUGUAAUACAUAAGUAAAGACCACACUAUGUGUAUCACAGC